AUGCCAAUCAUCAAAGACUUCACUCUACCACCCUCUCCCUCUCAACUUGACAUCCCCCAGGACUCUUCUCCUUCUAACCAGACCUCCGCCAUCAUCGCCUUCAUCUCCGGAAACGACCCAGUCACCCAGCAGCCCUGGUGUCCCGACGUCCGCGAUGCACUCCCGCAUCUCGACGCCGCUUUUGCAGCCCCCGACGCGCCGGCUGUGGCUGUGAUUUCGGUGGGCGAGAAGUUGGUAUGGAAGGAUCCCAUGAAUGUGUACCGUACGCAAUGGGGGAUUAACAAUAUCCCGGCGCUUGUGCGCUACCAGCACGUUGAUGGGGAGGUGAAAGAGACGAAGCGGUUGAUUGAGGGCGAGAUUCUGGAUAAGGCUAAGGUGCAGGCUUUUCUUGCCUAA